GCAAAGUUGGAAAAUAUUAAGCUUUUCCCUCUAAAGAACACAAAACUUUAGUUCUUUCUCUCCUUUAUUCUGUACACAGAUUUCCCUUUCUUUCGCUGCAUCUAUCCAUUUCUUUUACAAGCAAACAAAACAUCAAGUCACUUGUGGCUGCUACCAUUUCCCUAACCAUUUGCAUCACCACCCUCCAAUUGAGCUUCACUACCACAUCCCCCAGCUCCUAAACCUACCAAGCUAAGCUUCACGCGGCCCUGAGGAAGCUGGUCUGGAAACGGAAAAUGGCUGGCAAAGCUUGAACAUUAAGAGGUGUAGGAAUUGAGAGGGUUCGAAUAGAUUCCCAAUGAAUUUUCAUCGACCAUGGCAUUGUAGAUGUAAUAAUUGAGCUGCUUCCAAUCAUGACUACAACAAACUCUCAUGUUAUAACAUGCAAAGGCAUUGUAAGUUGGGGAAAAGGGGAGCCAUUGAAGGUCGAAGAGAUACAAGUAGAACCACCAAAAUCAAAUGAAGUUCGAGUUAAAAUGCUAUAUGCCAGUGUUUGUCGUACUGAUUUAUUGUUUGCCAAUGGAUUCCCAAUCCCUGCUUUUCCUCGAGUGAUGGGUCAUGAAGGUGUGGGGGUGGUGGAGAGCAUUGGAGAGGGAGUGACAGGACUAAGAGAAGGGGACCUUGUGAUUCCGGCCUAUAUAGCGGAGUGUAAAACGUGUGAGACUUGUAUGUCUGAAAAGACCAAUUUAUGCUUAAAAUACCCAUUAAGCUACAAUGGGUUAAUGCUGGAUGGCAGUUCAAGGAUGUCCAUCAGAGGUCAAACUGCCUACCAUGCAUUUUCAUGCUCAACAUGGUGCCAAUACCUGGUUAUCAACGUCAACUUCCUUAUCAAGAUUGACCCAAAAACUCCACUUCCGGAUGCUAGCUUCCUUUCAUGUGGAUUUUCAACCGGAUAUGGGGCUACAUGGAAGGAAGCAAUGGUUAAAAAUGGCUCAUCUGUUGCUGUUUUUGGCCUUGGAGCUGUUGGCUUGGGGGCCAUCAAGGGAGCCAAAAGUCAUGGUGCUAUUAAAGUAAUUGGUAUAGACAAUAACCCAAUGAAAGCAGCAAAGGGACGAGCAUUUGGAAUGACGGAUUUUAUAAAUCCCGAGGAAUCUGAUAAAUCAAUUUCCGAAUUGGUGAAGGAUUUAACUGCUGGAAUGGGCGUUGACUAUAGCUUUGAAUGUACUGGGGUUCCACCCCUCAUCAAUCAAGCCAUUCAAUCCACAAAAUUGGUACUGACACAUCACUAUCAUACACUAUUUUAUGGAACAGGAAAAAUCAUACAGAUGGGAGUAGAAGAGCCAAAUGUGAACAUAAACAUCAUAGGGCUUCUCGUUGGAAGAACAUUGAAGGGGUCAAUUUUUGGAGGGCUGAAAGCUAAAACCGACCUUCCAAUUAUAUAUUCAAAAUGUAAAAACAGGGAAAUCCAGCUUGAUGAACUUUUGAGUCAUGAGAUUAAGCUGGAAGACGUAGACAAAGUUUUUGAGUUGUUGAAGCAACCAGAUUGUGUCAAGAUUUUGAUCAAAAUUUGAUCCCUAUUACUCAUGUUUGCCACAAAUAAAGCAAUGCCAUGCUUAAAUUGCUGUUUUCUGUUCCUGUUUUUUACUAAACUUAAACUUGUUUGUAUUGGCUUAAAAAUCUUUAUUUUUUGUUUCAGAA